AUGCCUGGGCGAGAUGACAUUAGAAUGAAAUAUCCACCAAAUUGGACAACGAGGGACUUGGAUUUAACAAAAGGCCAUAAUGUUAGGUUUGGUCAAAUGGAGCAAUUACUUAGAGCAAGAGAGUCUUUGCAAUUGAAAAAUUUGUUGCAAGAUCAUCGGCAUCUUCGAAAUUCCGGACCACCAUCCCACCAAUCUAGUGCUAGCAUUAUCUCUGAGUAG